UAAGCACCGCCCCCCUCAGAGCGGCUGUAGGGGUUCUGUGUGGAUCACUGGAAUCAGCUAUUGAUCAGCUGAUCGGGUAAUGAUCGAUUAUUGAUCAGUACAGUGCGGGGCUGCAGGGGGGACGGUAUGCCGGAGCUGGAGGAGGUGCGGGGGCUGGAGGAGGUGCGGGCGACCCUGCAGAUCGCUAAGCUGAAGGAGGAGGACCUGCUGCCGGUCUUUCACUGCCUCUCCUUCCGCCGCAGCGCCGCCGCCGCCGACUACCACCUGCUGGAGCUCGACCCCGCGCUCUGCGCCCAGAUCCAGGCUGGAGAGAGCCUCAUAAUCCGAGGGGACAAAGAUGAACAUGCUGUUCUCUGCAGUGAAGAAAAAACGUAUGAUCUGAAGAUCGCAGACACGUCCAACCUGCUGCUGUUUGUUACAGGAUGCAGAACUCCAGACCAGCUGACUGACGGCCCUCAGCAUCUUCAGCUGGUCCAGGCGGAGAUCUGGGGCUAUGCUAACAGUUACUGGGAGCUGAGGCGUCAGCGGCCGAAGCUGAAGAAACUGAAGAAGCUGCUGCUGGAGAGCCCGUACUCCGGUCCACCAAUCAGCACGCAGGAUGAGGUUCCUGAGAGUAAGUACACGAUGCAGGACCUCCUGGAUCGAAUCCAGUCGAGCAGAGAGGAGCUGGAAGCUCACCUUCAUACAAUCCAUGCCUGUGAAAUUAAUGGCUGCUGGCGAAUUCUGGAAUUUGAUUACGAGCUGAAGCUGCUGGGUCAUGUGACUCAGCUGGUGGAUUCAGAGUCGUGGUCUUUCAGUAAAGUUCCUCUGAGAUCGUGUCUGGAGGAGCUGGGACCUCUGGAGCCCACAGCGAUGAUUGAACACUGCCUCAACUGCUACGGAAGACGAUAUAACACAGACGAAGGAGAGGUGAUGUUUGCUCUGGAUGAGGAUAAAGUCUGCAGAGCCAUGGCGCUGAUGCUGCUGCAGAACGCCGUCAAGUUCAACCUGUCCGAGUUUCAGGAAGUGUGGCAGCAGAGCGUUCCUGAGGGCAUGGCCACCAGACUGGACCAGCUCAGAGGAUUGGCUCUGGUGGAUCGGAGCUCGAGGCCGGAGACGGUUUUCCUGCUGAAGGUGGAGGAUCUGCCUGACGACACUCUGGAACGCUUCAACGCGCUCUUCAGCCUGAGGGAGAAAUGGACACAGGACGAUAUAGAGCCGUAUAUACAGGAUUUGUGUGGAGAGAAACAAACGACAGGAGCUCUGCUGACUAAACACGCCCGGUCCUCCGUGCAGAACGGCAUCAAAGUCUACAACUCCAGAAGACCAGUGGCCACCUGACCUGCUUUUAUUCACCUCUGUUUUCAUAAGACAGCAUUUAUACUUUUAAUCACUGAAUGCUUUCACUUUUAUUUGUAUCAGUUGGUAAUAAAAUGUGUUAUAAAAUAA